GCAUUACAACUGUUGGCAGCUCUUCAGUUAGUAUGACCAUGGUCCUUUUGAUGUAGAAGUAAUCAUACAUUACAGUAAUUCUAAAGGAAUUAGUUUUUGGUCACCGUUCAUGAGAAUACCAACAUAUUAAAUAUUACAUACGAGGCAGUUAUCUGUGUUUAUGAACGACCAAACCGUUUUAUAUUUCGGAAUUACCAAAUUAUCGAUGACAGGUGUUUCCUGAUGUAAACGCAUAGGCCUGUUAUUGAUGUAACGUCUGAAGCAUGAUUCCUAUAAUAAGAAAACAAACAGCCAUUAAAUUAAAGUUGCUGACAGCUCCAGUUAGUACUUGGUCACCGUUAGCAACAGCAUUCAAUACCAGACCUGGGUGGAAGCUGAAUCUAAAUCUUAUAAAAGAUAAUGCUGGAUUAUUUGGCAUUCCCGAACUGCGAAGUCAUGAAGGAUUUUAUGCUAUGAAAGAACGAGCAAUAUGGGAAACCGACAAACUUGUUACAGAAUCGUGCAGCCCCAACAGGACUCGCAAGUUGGUAGAAAUAUUUGAUGAGUUGUCAGACACACUGUGUAAAGUCGCAGAUUUAGCCGAGUUUGUCAGGAUUGCACAUCCUCAAGCUGCAUAUUCCCAGGCUGCAGAGGAUGCCUGUGUCAGCAUUAGUGGCAUUGUCGAAAAACUUAACACCCACCAAGAGCUGUACCGCACAUUACGUACUGGUGUGGAUGCAGGGGACAAGAUUCCUAUGUCUCCUGUGGAUCAACAUGUUGCACGACUCUUCCUAUUUGACUUUGAACAGUCUGGUAUCCACCUGCCAGAGACGGACAGAAGGCGAGUCGUGGCACUCAAUGAUUCAAUCUUACAAUUGGGACAGAGAUUCAUAACAGGUGCCGUUUCUCCACGUGCCAUCCCAAAAGACUCGCUGCCACCGAACUUACGUCAAUUUUUUUCAGUUGAUGGUGACCAAGUGCUGGUGACAGGUUUGUAUGCAGACUCUCCCAAUGUGAUGGCACGUGAGGCAGCAUAUCGCAUCUUCCUGCAUCCAGACAAACAUCAAGAGUAUUUGCUUAGCGAGAUGCUUAGUUCUCGCCAUGAACUUGCUCAGCUGUGUGGCUUUCCUACUUUCAGCCAUAGGGCUCUGAAGGCAAGCACAGCAGAGACUCCUGAAAUGGUGAAGGAGUUCCUCGAGAUCAUGGCCCAGCAACUCCAUAAGAGGGCAGCAGCUGAUUUUGACAUUAUGAAAAAGAGGAAGAUAGCUGAAAACCCAGGAUCCAAUGGACAGAAUUUGGCCCCAUGGGACACACCAUAUUACACACAGAAAGUGAAACGAGACUGGCUGCAGGUUGGCAGUUCUGAAUUCACCCCUUAUUUCUCACUUGGAACUUGUAUGGAGGGUCUCAACAACCUCAUGAACAACUUGUACAAUAUCAGUCUUGUCAAUGAUGAGUUGGCACCUGGAGAAAUCUGGGCUCCUGAUGUUCACAAACUUGCAGUUAUUCAUGAAAAAGAGGGACUUCUAGGACAUAUUUACUGUGAUUUCUAUGAACGUCCAGGAAAACCCAACCAAGACUGCCACUUUACUAUUCGUGGUGGAAAGGAACUACCAGAUGGAACAUAUCAGAACCCUGUGGUAGUUCUGAUGCUGAAUCUGCCAACCCCAUGCAGGUCAAGUCCAAGCCUCUUGACCCCUGGCAUGGUAGAUAAUUUGUUCCAUGAAAUGGGGCAUGCUAUGCACUCCAUGUUGGCACGAACACGCUACCAGCAUGUUACAGGGACCAGGUGCACCACUGAUUUUGCAGAAGUGCCAUCAGUACUGAUGGAAUAUUUUGUUGCUGAUCCCAGGGUGGUACGCACAUUUGCCAGGCACUAUGAGACACAGCAGUGCAUGCCAGAAGACAUGUUGAUGCGCCUGUGUGCAUCCAAACAUUUAUUUGCUGCAUCAGACAUGCAAGUGCAAGUUUUCUAUUCUGCUCUUGACCAACAGUAUCAUGGCUCACAUCCUAUGGAAGGAUCCACAACUGAUGUGUUGGCUCAACUACAGAAGCAGUACUAUGGCAUACCAUACGUUCCAAACACAGCAUGGCAGUUACGGUUCUCACAUUUGGUUGGGUAUGGAGCUAAAUACUAUUCAUACCUUUUGUCACGUGCUGUGGCAGCAUGGAUAUGGCAAAUGUACUUUGAAGCUGAUCCUCUGAACUCAUCUUCUGGAGAACAAUAUCGUCAGGAAUGCUUGGCGCACGGUGGAGGCAAACCAGCACGUGAACUUGUAGCCGACUUCCUGGGAAGAGAGGUCACUCCUGCCAAUCUUGCAAAUAGCUUAAUAAAUGAAAUCGACAUUACAAAUGAACAUAUUAAUAGAAUUUGGCAAUAAUGUUUAGUGGCAUGAAAUAGUAUAAGAACUGCAGGUCUAGAAAUCAUUAUGAUAUACAAAAUGAAAUGCUGGUGAAUGUUCUUUAGUAUGUACUUAAUCUUUUAAGUAUUAACUAUAAUUGUGUACUUUGUAUAUAAUGUAAAUAUUUCAUAAUUAAAAUCUCAUAUGGUGAAAUCAAGGUUAGUAGCAUAGACGGGGGAACUGAAGCCUCUGGCUUUAUUAUGUUCGAGGUUUCCAUAGUUGUGUAACAGGAAUGCAGAGCACUUCCACUGCUCAAUUUGCCUAAAAAUAUGGCAUGACAUAUGUUCUUUUCUACUCCAGAGGAUCAACUAAUGGUUUGCUGUCAUUGCCAGUACCAGUAUCAUCAUCAUCAUCAUCGCUACUUUCUUCGUGUUUGAUUUGUUUUGAGUAAUCCUCCUAUUACAGAUUUUUUGCAUCUGUUAUGCAGAAAUCAUGCCACCCUAUUGAUGCUCUUCAUUCACCAGCUUCUCCAAUUCUACCAUUGUGAAUGUUUCAUUUUUCUUUUCCACUUCACAUUUCACUUCAGCCUACCCAAGUAUCAUUGUGUUGCACUGGCAAUGAAAGGGUGGAAGACAUAUAGUAUGAUGCCCCUUUCACUAGAAAAUUAAUCAGAUCCAUAUACUGUGUCCAUGUUUCUGAAAGGGAACAUCUCUCUAAAAGCUCAGGUUUUGUUUCUCAAAAUACAAUUCCUUUCAUUUACAACCAGUUCUUUAUUUUUUGUUUCCUGCUGGAAGUAUUCAAUGUUUUAUUUGUGGUAACUGAAUAGUAUCUUGCAUUAUCUGUGAUUAUUGCACAAUCCCCUUCUGUCCUUGAACAUGUCCGUGGUAAUUUAACAGUAAUCGCAUGCUGAUUUUUAUCUAAACAUCCACUGUCUCUCAGGUAGGAACCUUGUAUGUGAUGAUCUUGCAUGACAUACCAUUAUAAUAAAUCUAAUUCAUUUUCAUACACAAACAUGUCUGGUGGAAUCCUGCUGUAUUUCUUUUACUGUAUGGUUCUGGUUUACCCAAGGUUUGUCUAGGUAAAAACACUGGCAUGUAUCAACAUACACCCUAAUGUUGUACACUUCACAGAAAUUUUACUUGCUAAAAUAAUGUUGCCUUGCUCCAUGAUGAAUUUAUGGACUUUGAGCAUAAACAUUUCAGUAACCUUUAAAUGGAAGAAAAUGAGCCUGUAUGUAAAAAUUUUACUCAUGUUUUCUUACUCUUGGAAAUUCACCUGUCAUAAAAUUCAAACAUGGUUCUGCAUACAUCUUUCUCAUAGUGAUGUAGAGCUGUCACUCUUUGGGAUGCCUACAUAGUAAUUAGCAAGAACAAUCAACUUAUGCUAAUAUACAGUUCAAAAGCCCAUCCACUUAAAAAAAUAGUGGAUAGGCAUACUCCAAGCAUACAUAAAUAAUGGACAGCAUUUUCAUCGCAUAAUUAACACAUUUUAUUUAAUAUCAUGAUCAAAAACUCAGGUGUGAUUUAUGGAAUAUAUCCAAAAUAAAAAUAAUGACUGCUUGACCUAACCAUAAAAUGAAACAUUUUUUCUAGAAAAACAUGUUAGGUCCUGUACAGAGUUAACUGGUAAAAGCAGCUUACUUUUUAUCCCACUUUCCUUUUUUCAUAGGUUCAUAAUAUCAUGUUCACUUCUGUUCCUCCAAGUAAUUAUUUAUUCAGCUGACAGAUUUUCACAAUACUUGGAUGAACUGCAUGCCACUACAGACCAUGCCACAAGUCACUUUUAACUUUUCCUAAAACAGGUUUUUGUGGGAUGUAGAACAGCUUGGUGGCUGCAUAAGAUUUACGUGUAGCUUUCAGUCCGACAUAGAUGACAACCACCAAUGGAGCCAGGCAUAUAAAAUUUUAAAUGGUGACAUCAUAAAUUACCUACAAACUCUGUAUUAAACGUUCAUGUAUCAACAAUUAACAAAUAUGGUAACAGCAUGAAACUUUUUAGGUUAUAACAGGCAAAUUUAACAACAUGAUAAUUCUUUUAAAAUGGAACUUAUAUAGAGAAAUGAAAAUGUAGAAUUAUUCAUUUCAAUUAUUUGCUGGCCUCACUCUACAAACUGAAGCAUUUAAAGGAAAUCAGGCUUCAUUAAGUUCUUUCCAGAAAUUACUUCAUUUAAAUUCAUGUAUUUACUACAUUUCAUUAAAUUCUGCAACACAUUUUCACUGCACUGUAAAAAUAAGUUCUCAAAAAAAGUAAAAAAGAUAAGUCAUCAAAUGCACAAUCUCUACAUUAUGCCACUGUUUCUUCACUGUAACUGACUAACCCAGGCUCACAGGUUGCAAAGUGACACCACAAAUCACAUGAUGUGUACGCAUGACAAAGAACCACACUAUACAUUUUUUCUUGCUCUUCAUGCUACUACCCUUGUAGAAUUGUUGAUAAAAACUUUUUUGUAGAUAUUUGCCACAUGAGACAAUGGAAGGUAUGAAAUAUAUGAAUAUUUUAUCCUUAAUUUUACAUCAAAAAAUGAGUGCAUAAAUUAUGCGAUGAAACACAUUAUUCUCCAAAUGCAUACCAUGCUAUUUUGCACACGUCACUGACCUUGAUGUUCAUUUACUGCACAUACAAAUCCAUUACUGUGAAGUCAACAAACACCACAAACUUGAUCCUGUACUGACACAUUAAUUUUCCUUGUGUUUCAUAAAUAUAUAUGACAAUAAAUAAUUGUAACUCUUA